UCGGCUCCAUUUGCUCGUUCUUUUCCCGCCAAACUAAAGCAAGAGCCCGCCAGUGCCGGAUAUUCAUUUCUCUCUGUUGCUCCCGCCCCCUUCAAAGCAACUACAAAAGUUUUCCUCAACUUUCCUAGAGACCAAACAAGGAAGAAACGAUCUGACAAGAAGGGAGGCGAAAAUGAAGGGAGGAACUGUUCAGAUCAAUUGGCAUGGCACAAAACCUGUCCUAACCCUAGACUUUCACCCCAUUUCCGGUCUCCUCGCCACCGGCGGCGCCGACUUCGACAUCAAGCUUUGGUUAAUAAAUUCAGGUGAAGCGCAGAAAAAAAUCCCAACAUCUACUUAUCAAAAUAGCCUUUCCCACCAUUGUUCUGCUGUGAAUACUCUUCGUUUCUCCAAGUCCGGAGAUCUACUUGCCUCCGGUGCCGAUGGUGGGGAGUUGAUUGUAUGGAAGUUACACUCUACAGAAACUGGUCAAACAUGGAAAGUUCUCAAGAAUUUAUCCUUUCAUCGCAAAGACAUUUUGGAUCUGCAAUGGUCUCCUGAUGGUGCAUUUUUGAUCUCUGGAUCAGUUGAUAAUUCUUGCAUCAUAUGGGAUGUUAACAAAGGUUCUGUGCAUCAGUUAUUGGAUAGUCAUUUCCAUUAUGUUCAAGGUGUGGCUUGGGAUCCGUUGACCAAGUAUGUUGCUUCUCUUAGUUCAGAUAGAACUUGCCGAGUUUAUAUGAACAAGCCUCAGUUAAAAACAAAAGCUGUUGAGAAGAUGAAUUAUGUUUGUCAACAUGUCAUUGCAAAGACAGAGCACCAGUCUGCAGAUGAUUCUAAGUCUUCAAAAAACCAUCUCUUUCAUGAUGAAACGUUGCCAUCUUUCUUCCGAAGAUUAGCAUGGUCACCUGACGGAUCAUUUUUACUUGUGCCCGCAGGUUCUCACAAAAUACCACCUGCAUCAGAUGCAGUAAAUACUGCUUAUGCAUUUUCCAGGAAGGAUUUCUCAAGGCCUGCUUUAAUGCUCCCUGGUGCUAGUAAACCUGUCGUAGCUGUUCGAUUUUGCCCCAUGGCUUUUAGCCUGAGGGAAUCGGACUCAGCUGGUUUCUUCAAGCUUCCGUAUCGCCUAAUUUUUGCAGUGGCUACUUUAAACUCCUUGUAUAUCUAUGAUACAGAAAGUGCUCCUCCAAUAGCAAUCUUGGCCGGUCUUCACUAUGCAGCCAUAACUGAUAUUGCCUGGUCAUUGAGUGCCCAGUAUUUGGCUGUAUCUUCUCAAGAUGGUUAUUGUACUUUGGUAGAAUUUGAAACCAAUGAACUGGGAUUGCCCAUCCCCUUAGCAGUAUCUGCUGCAGAGCACAAGAAAGACCUGGUUCAUGAGAAUAAAAGCCCUAUUAUUGACAAACGAGAGGAAAUAGUGAUCGAAACACCUGCAGAUGCUGGUUCCAUAGCAGAGAAUAGCAAAAAGACAGAUGUGGAGAAGAAUGAAGGGAAACAGGCAUCCCCUAGCUCAAUUAGUAUUCCUAUCUCAAAUAAACCUGCCAAGAGACGAAUCACCCCUAUGGCAAUCGAUCCAAAAUAAUUGUUCUGAUAAAAAUUUAUUGUUAAAUUUUUGGACUGGUUCUUGUAAAAUUUGUAGUGGAAGUCAGGUCAGGCCAAGAUGCUGCUUUACUUGAGAAUUUGAGUGGAAAUGUGAAUGUACAGCAGCCAAAUUUUUGAAGUUGUAAUUAUUAGAGAAUAUGAUCUUGUGUGUUCUCUUGCUCACUUGUUAAAACUUUGUAUAACCAAUAACCCAUUCAAUGAGAUAGGCUUCUUUCACAAAUACUAGCACCAGUCAGUUUUGUGGAUGUUUAAUUGAUCGCCGAAUGAGAGAUAAUAGAAUGAAUCAGGGAAUCCUAGAGGUAGAAAAACUAUGAGCCUGUUUUCAUGUAGAAAUUUUUUUUAAACAAAUUGGAAAAUA